CCUCCUUCUUUCACUCCAAACCUUACUUCAAUCUUCUUCUUCUUUCUUUAUGAACUGAAAUUUCACUUCCAAUUCCAUCGAUUCAAGGGGAAAUAGCAGCUAAGUGAUAUACAUUCAGGGCAGCCAGGGUGCGUAAAUUGAUUCUAGAUUUCUGGUGUGAGUAACUGCAAGCUGAUUAUUUUUUACUGUUGGGCUGAGUUUGUGAGGAAAUCAUGAAAAGGGGAUGUGCUGAUGAUGAUAAUCAAGAUCUCUACCGCCAUGCAGGCGGCGGAGCCGCCCUGGGAGACAUAUCUCCGGUCGCCGGCGAUGUCUUCGUUCACGGCGGGGAAGGUGACGACUUUGAUCCGAUGGAGAUCUGGCUGGAAUGUGUAGAUCAUCAAGAUGCAGAAGAUCUCCAUCUCACUCCUUCGCCAAUGGACUCGAAUCAAUCUUGGCCGUCCUCCACUGAAUUCCCGGCUGCAUCACAGCCGUUCAAUCCAUUCCCUGAUGGAAAUAAUAAUAAUAACAAGAAUGGCAUCAAUGGAACAGUAGCAGCAGGAUCAGAUGAGUCCCCGGGGUUGUUCGGAAGCGAGUUUCCGUACCAGCUUUUCGAUGGCAAUGGGGAGAGGCUGGUGAGAUUGGGUUCCUCGGCUACAAAAGAAGCUCGGAAGAAGAGAAUGGCUCGGCAGAGAAAAAUGUCCAGUCACCAUUUCCGUCACCAGAACAAUAGUAACACCAUCAGAUUGGGAGGCGGUGGCGGCGUUGAGAAGUGUUCGGUGG